AUGGAAACAGAUGAAGGAACUCUUGCUGAAGCUCUUAUUCGUCUUGAGAAACUGGCGUGGACUUGCGAAUACCUAGGCAACGAGAAGUUGGUUGCAAUUGAGAGUUACAAGAGAGCAAAGGCGAAAGAAGUCCUUGCCCGCAGCGAGGUGGAGAUUUUCAAGAAAUAUCUAGAAGAGCUGACAGAAGAAAGAGACCAUUAUUACGAAGUUGCAAUUGUGCGUCUUUUUUUACAUAAAAAUAGAAAUAAAGAAGAAGAUUAA